GUUAUUGGUGCACGAGUAACAUCCAAAUAUUUUCACUAAAAAAGAAAAUGAAAAAGAAAGACCCCAAUCCCCAAAUGUAAGGUUUUAUCGCCGUCAUCUCUUCUUCAGAUUCAGACUCCUCUCCGAAACCAGACUUUCAGACGCAAGGUCUCACCGUCGCAGCAGUCCUACUCCGGCAGGUGGCGGACAUCAAUCUCGAAUCUCCUCUCCUCUUUUUCCGCCUUAGAUCGUAGGUCGUCUUCUCCGACCGUCCGGCUCCGGCUUUGUUCAGCAGUACAGCACCGCAGCAAUCCCUCAGGCAUUGCAGUGCUUCAAAAAAAGUCUCUUAACUGAGCACAUCUGAUUUUGCAUUUGGGUCAUUGGAAAAUGGCCAGUGCAUUAUUAGCAAGUAGGGGAGGAGCAUUAGGAGAUCGUGCAUCUGCCUUGUUUAGACUCCCGUUCAGCUCCUUUAGAUAUUUCAGUACUUCUCCUAGUCCUUCGGCAGCAGCGGAUGCCAGUAAGCCAACCCCAAAGAAGAAUAAGAAGAAUAAGAAGAAGAAUCUCUUUGAGGUUGUGCAGUUUCUCCCCAACUGGGGCAUUGGCUAUCACAUGGCCAAAACCCAUUGGGCUGAUGUUUCCUACCAAAUUACCAAGAUCAAUCUGUACAAGAGUGGAAAGCAUGGAAAGGCUUGGGGCAUUGCUCAUCGAGAUGGUACUCCGAUUGCGGAAGCACCCAAGAAAAUUAGUGGGGUCAACAAACGCUGCUGGAGAUACAUUCCAAACUUGAACAAAGUUGAAGAAAACACUCCCAAGAUGGAAAUUCAAUCGGCCUAAUUUCGCCCAUCAUUCUAGCCCAUCUGUGUUUUCUCUGCUCAUGAUUUGAAACUGUUUUUUUGUGGCACUACCAAGAAGGAGCCAUAGUUCUUGAAAGGGGGAAAACAAAAUUCUUUACAUGUCCCUGCAGUUUUGGAUCGCCUCAAACGUACCCGUUAACUAUCGUGCUUUGAAGUUGUUCACUGUUGCUUUGUGGUUGUACAUUGGUUCUAGCUAUGGUACCUUGCUUUCCCUCUUGCUUUGCUGCUUUGUUUUUCUCUCCAUUCUCUUCUCCUCAGGCUUUAUGCAAUGUCUUUAGUUUUUAGAGUUGGGAUUGAUCCCAUUUCAUUCACUAUAUUUUAUUUGUGCUCCUUAGAACAACUCUUUGGUUUAAGAUUGUUUUAGUUAAUGAAACUUUUCUCCUUCA